AAAUCCCCCUACUCUUCUUCCCCCUAUUGUACUCGUGCCAAUAUUGACUAUUGUACUUUUUUUCCUGUUCUUUUGUCAUUCCAACGAACUUCCGGAUUCAUUCACAAAUACAAACUGAUCUGUCACCUCCACUCCCCCAACCUCCCAAACCCACUGACAAUGGCUUUUUCUACAAUUCUACUGGUACUGUUGGUGUUACAGGGUGAGGUCCUAUCGUCUGAGUUCAACUAUUGCCCCUCAGAUGUCAAAGAAGAUAGCCCACUAAGAUGGAGCAGAGAACUAGGGGACAUGGACUAUGCCUGUAAGGGACCCAGCAAGUCUUUGUACUGCUGUGCCGCAGGCUUCACCAACCUAACUUGGUACCAGAAAUCCAGGGACUCGGACACCUGGGACCCAUUUCCACCCACAGACUGGAUCAACCGAGAAAAUGGAUACCGCUUGCUGGAUCGCAACGUUACUUUGCUGAUAAGUUCUGUGCAUACAAAAGACGAUGCUUGGUAUAGAUGCGUGGCUGAGGGAGAUGAUGGGAGGAAUAUUACUCAUGAGUUGAAAUUAAAUGCUGUCUCCUGCUCAGGUAUAACUGAUCCCCCAACUGUGACCUUCCCUCCAAAAGACAAGAUUACCAAGGGAUACAGAAUUGUCAAACAGACUCUUCCUGGAGAAAAUGUUACUUUAUUCUGUGAAGGUUUCCUAGGUCGCGACAAUGCCAGCUCUACUCCAAAUGUCAUAAGAUGGCUGACAAAUUUCACGACAACAGCAAAUAAUGACACCAUCUGGCGAGACGUUGAAGAUGUUGGGCCAAGGUUUUCUGUGACGAAGGAGGCAAGGUAUGACAAUAUGAUACUGGGGGCAUACCUUAUAGUAACAGAUGUACAGGUGGAAGACUACACCAAAGUUUUCAAGUGCGUAAUGGCAAAUGGAAUCGAUCCACAACCCACAGUGUUGGCUCAUCUAGUUCGGACCCCACCAAAACCUUCAGCUCCUAAUUACUGGACAAGGAAACAAAGCGUCAUUCUUUCAGUUUCUCUUGUGGCAGCUAUAAUUCUUGUUGUAACAGUAGUUGUUAUUCUGGUUAAAUAUCAGGUGGAGAUAAGACUUUUGUGGAAAGAUAAAUUUAGUCAUAAACAAGAAGAUGAUAAAGAACACGAUGCAUUUGUCUAUGUAUCUCAGAAGUGUGACAGGGAGAGGCUAUUUGUGCACAGAAAACUAAGGCCCAAGCUGGAAGGAGAGUUUAAGUAUAAGAUAAUUAUAGAGGCUCGGGACUUCAGAUGUGGAGAAUCUAUUCCAACACUAUUGGACAAUGCAGUGAGCUCCAGUCGUUGCUUCAUCAUAGUUCUCUCGCGCGCCAUGCUGGAGGAGCCAUACUUUGACUUCAUCUUUCAUGUAGCUGUGAAAGAGCAUCGGCGCAUAGUUUUCAUCCUAUUUGAAGAUAUCCAAGACAGCGAGUGGGAGGCAUACAAAAAGAAGAACAGGGACAAAGAACUUGUUCAGAAGGCAUUAAAGGUGCUGAAAAAAUUGCGAUGGCACCCUGUUGAUGAGGAAGGAGGUGUUUCAUCGCAGAAUAUUGCCAAGAAAAAUGAAAUGUUUUGGAAAAAACUACGCUUGUAUUUACCACCCCAGAAAAUCCAAAAGGUCCGUGGAAAUUUAACAACAUCCAACAGACGCCCUGGUCAGGAGAGCACAUCAAGCACGUCUGCACACUGCCCUUUGAUUUCUUCAACAAAUUCUCACUCUUUGAGCUGCCCUACACCGUCUGCUAUCCCCAUUCCUGUAGAAAUUGAUGACAAUGUUUUCUUCCCACCAAACGACCCAGAUGUCACAGAAAUCAAAGUAGACAUCCAUUCCAGUACAUCUCCUGAACAUCCAGACUCAACUUCUCAUGAAAUAAUAGACAUGAAUAGCAUUGGUAGCUGCCCAGAAGGUCACCAGGCCAAUCCAAAUCAAAUUAUGGUAGACAUGAAAGGUGAAGGUCAAGCUAAAAGUGAAGGUCAAGGUCACAUUGGAGGUCACCCAGAACCUCAAGGUCUGGGCAAGGCUCUUGACAUACCCAAUGCAAACUUUCAAUCCAUGCAGUCAACAGACAGUGGUUAUGAGAAAAGUGUCUCUCCGCAGACUUGAGGCAAGAAAAACACCAUACGACAAUUAUGCUUAAAUUUUAAUUCUGUAAUUUCUUGGAAGUGCUUAGUUUUGACAUGUUUGGGUUAUUACAGAAAUCAGGAGCAGAUUUAGGCCGUCUUCUGGGUCUUCUGGAGGACGGUCAGAUUUUCAAGUUUACAUUGACGGGUAUCUUAUUU